AUGUCGGCUGUCGUGUGGCGUUCAUAUCGCGCGGCCCUGCUUUUUGAUUCUCUCCCCCAAGCGAUUUUGGGUUGUUGUUCUGCUGUUGGAACUUGCUGUUCGGUUUUGACACUACCCGAUGGUUGUAUGCAUCCCAUCCGGCUUUGCAAGGUCUGUCCAGAUGCUCAGCAUGUACAAAGCAAUUUCCCCUGUCUCGCAAGAGUUUUCGCCACGACUUGCGACCAGCUGGCUGGGUACGUAAUGCCGGAAAUGCUGACGGAAAAUAGAGAGAGUCAUCUUGCUUCAAAUGUGAUCGCCUGGGGUACUGUCAUUGAUCGAGUCGAUAAAAUCGCUGUGAUAGCUACCACUGCAAGAUUGUUGAAAAAAGGCGAGGGAGCUUGCCAAGCCCUGGCUGGAUAUUACGCAUGGUUGGCCGUUGUUGAAAUGAAUUCCGGGAAUGACUUAUGUACCUAG